UAUCCGAAAAGAGAAGGGAGUUUCCAUCCCACCCCCCAAAUAAAAUUGGUCACUCACUCCACGGCUGUUUGUGGGACGUCGCUGUGCGUAAUUGGCUGCUGCGUUUCAUCAGCAAAAUAUUACGGUCAAUUGACUUGACAGUUUAUCCUGUGAAGCUCUUUGAGACGUCUCAACGACGUGAUAAGAAGCUACAUCAAACAGAAGGAUUAUUAUUAUUACUACAUCUUCAUUUAAUGACCUCGCCGAGAAUCUCUUUGAGGUGGAAUCCGCCGCUUUUCUUUUCAAGGAAAUGACGGAUUCAAGGAACACUCAGCAGCAGCUACCAGCGGGUUUCCUUCAGAAUCGGGAUUUUUCCCACUGGAUGUCGGAAUUGCCGGAAAAACUGUGGGAUCAACCCCUGUGUAACCUCGCCAUUCCAGGUACUGUGGCUCAUGCAGUGUCUUUCACAUACUAUCGCUCUCAUCAGCAAGACAACCACGUUACUGUUGGAGGACAGUGCGUCAGCGCUCAACAACAACAAAUUACGUUCGUAUAACGCCUUUCAAGUCAGGAGGACUUCUCAAGGAAGCCAUGACUCGAUGACUUACUGCUUAGAUAUGAACUCUCCGAUAGUACCCUCGGAACCCUCGAUCUUAUACUAUUUGGACUAUUUACUGCCCUAUCUCACUCGGCCAGAGAUAUACAAAUGGUGUACAACACAGGAUUUCGAUGUAAGCCAGCAGCUAGAAGCAGGGAUUCGGUACCUUGACCUCAGGAUCGCUCACAAGCCGAAGGACAGUGCUGAGCACUUAUACUUUACACACGGAAUCUACACGUCCAUCACUGUGCAGGAGGGAUUGACAGACAUCAGGACCUGGCUGGAGACUCACCCCAAGGAAGUGGUGAUUCUCGGCUGUAAAAACUUCGAGGGAAUGGACAAGCGGAAACAUCGCCAGCUGAUUAUGAUGAUGAAGAACAUAUUUAGGUCCAAAAUAUGCCCGCAAACCUCCGUGGAGUUUAUAACGUUACGAAAUCUGUGGGCAUCGGGGUUUCAAGUCAUCAUUUCCUACGAGGAUGCCAUUGCAGCGGAGUACAGGGAACUGUGGCCAUCAAUCCCUUACUGGUGGGCAAACACCUAUAAUCCUGAACAGCUCAUCCAAUUCCUGGAUAGUCAUAAGCAGGCUGGCCGUCCAGAUGGAUUUUUUGUGGCUGGCAUCAAUCUCACGGAAAAUGUCUGGUACAUCCUGACUCACCUGAGUAGCUCUCUGAAGAGCCUGACAUUUUCCAAUUACCCUCUCUUAACCGACUGGAUUGAAGCACAGAUGCCAGGGCCAGGCAAGAGCUGUGUGAACAUCAUUGCUGGAGACUUCAUAGAGGCUGCUUAUCUGGUGCGCACAGUCGUUGAGCUCAACAAUAAACUGCUUUAGAAAGGACUGCUCGAGAUGAAACAACCACGCAGUUGAGUAAUAAAGGAGCAGAGAUGAUACUUAAUGCAUUCCUGCGUGAGACUGCAAAAGAAGUUAUAAAGCCUCAUUACCCUGAGCGAUGUGGUGCAUCGUUACUGUACCUUUCUUGUUUUACAUUAAGUGUCAGCCUGGCUGAGUUGGUUUGCACUCAUGUCUCUGAGUCAAAAGUUUUAAGCUCCCACAUUGGGGACUUUGAGCUCACGGUCUAGGCUGACACUCCAGUGCAGUGCCGGGAGAGUUGCUGCAUUGUUGGAGGCGCUGUUCUUUGCUGGAAACGUGAAACUGUGACUCUACAUCAAAUGCAAGGAUGAUUAUUAUUACGUUUAGUGUUUAAUACGGUAUUAAAAGCAAUUCCAUGUC